AUCAGCAUGUCCUACAGCUGCUGCUCUGGAAACUUCUCCUCCCGCUCCCUUGGGGGUUACCUGCGCUACCCAAGCUCCUCCUGUGGUUCCUCCUACCCCAGCAACCUGGUCUACUGCACGGACCUCUGCUCUCCCAGCGCCUGCCAGCUGGGAGCCCCCAUCUACGGCAGCUGUCAGGACACCUGCUGCGAGCCCACCAGCUGCCGGACGUCCUGCGUGGUGUCCAGCCCCUGCCACGCGUCCUGCUACCGCCCGAGGACCUCCACGCUCUGCAGUCCCUGCAGGUCAACUUACACUGGAUCUCUGGACUGUGAGUCCCUCAGAAGCUACUGCCUGGGGUAUGGACCUAGAAGUUCUGACUCCCUGGGCUGUGGAUCCCGGGGCUUCAGAGCCCAGGGUUAUGGAGUCUCUGGCUUCCCUUCCCUGAGCUGUGGAUCCAGCCUCUGCCGCCCUACCUACCUGGCUUCUGGGAGCUGCCAAACUUCUUAG